AUGAUCGAUCUGAACAUCCCGUGGCCUGUAUCUGGCCCCAAUGCCGCGUCGCCGUCCGAUAGAGCCAAAAUAUCCUCCGCCAAGGCAUCCAUUUUGUUUCUACAGGAGCUGGGGUACAAGGCCGUGGCUCUCAACUGCAUCUACCAGGGAAAGAUUCCCGCUACUCUCAAAUGUCCCGUCCCCGACGAAAUCCACAAAGAGUUCCCGGAUAUACGCAUCUACACGCGAGUGACCAUUGUUGCCGAGGACCUCAACCACAGCUUCAACCUUCCCAACCUAUACCAGCAGUUUGAUAUUGUGGCCAUCAGACCCAUGUCGGAAAAAAUGCUCCAGGCCGCCUGUACCAAUCUGGAUGUCGACAUUGUGUCGAUGGACAUGACUCGCCGUCUGCCAUGCAUUCCGAAACACAAGACCAUCGGAGCUGCUACUGAAAGAGGCGUCAAAAUCGAGGUUGUUUAUGCACCGGGUUUGUCCAGUGAUCCCCUGGCCAGAAAAACAUCGAUUGCAAACAACUCGUUGGUAGUGAGAGCAGCCCGGUGUCGAGGACUUGUCAUUUCAAGCGAAUCUCUGUCCAGCCUGAGUCUCAGGGGCCCUUUUGAUAUCAUGAACUUGAGCUACAUCUGGGGUCUGAACUCGGCUAGAGCUAGAGAAGCUGUGAGCAAGAACCCAGAGGCGGUCAUUCGAAACGGACUGCUCAGAAAGAAGAGUUAUAAGCAGGUGGUGAUUGCAGAGCCGGAGGAGGUGAGAGAGCCGUUGAGGAAGAAACAGAAGGUCUAA